GGAGGCGGGGAGAGGAUGGAGAGCGCUCGCUCAGCGGCGGUGGGGCCCGGCCUGCGGGCCCGGGGCGGCGGAGGAGACCCCGUUCCUGCGUCGCGGGAGCCCUGGGAGCCGGACACGGUGUUUGCGGGGAGCUGCCUCCCCCAGCCCCUGCCCCCUCCUUCACCGCCAGACUAUGAUGAGAGAAGCCACCUGCAUGACGCCUUCACCCAGAUGACCCAUGGCCUGCAGGAGGUGGCUGCUGCCCAGGGAUCCUUUAAGGUUGCCUUCCCUGAUGCGGCGGAGAAAAUGAAGACGGUCAUUACACAGCUGAAAGAAGCCCAGGCCUGCAUCCCUCCCUGCGAAGGUGGGUGUGAGAGCCGAAGCAAACCAAUAGGAAUCCUGGAGGGCAGAGAGGAGGAAGAGGCAGCUAAGGACUGCAGGUUCGGCGGGUUUAAGAUGCUACCUGGCCAAUGGACCCCCGGGAGCUGUAUGGAUCUCAAAAGGGCCAAAGGGCCCUGGGCAGGUGGCGCCGAGACCCAGCGUUCCCACUCCACAGGUCUCCAGGAGUUUGCCCGGCGUUUCUUCUGCAAAGGGUGCUACUCCAGGGUCUGUGACCUCCCGCUGGACUGCCCAGUUCAGGAUGUGACAGUGACUCGGGGCGACCAGGCUAUGUUUUCUUGCAUCGUGAACUUCAAGCUGCCAAAGGAGGAGAUCACCUAUUCCUGGAAGUUUGCAGGAGGAGGUCUCCGGACUCGGGACCUGUCCUAUUUCCGAGAUGUGCCGCGGGCCGAAGGCUACCUGGCGCGGAUCCGGCCGGCGCAGCUCACGCACCGCGGGACGUUCUCGUGCGAGAUCAAGCAAGACCAGCGCCCCCUGGCUCGGCUCUACUUCUUUCUUAACGUGACGGGUCCGCCCCCGCGCGCGGAGACCGAGUUGCAAGCCGCGUUCCGGGAAGUGCUGCGCUGGGCCCCGCGGGAUGCCGAGCUGAUCGAGCCCUGGAGGCCCAGCCUGGGCGAGCUGCUGGCCAGGCCCGAGGCUCUGACGCCGAGCAACCUGUUCCUGCUUGCAGCCCUCGGGGCCCUCGCCUCGGUGUGUGCCACCGGGUUGGUGUGGAUGUUCUUUGAAUGGUACCGCAGUGGCAGCUAACAAAGGUGUCUCUUUCCUCCUUCCCUCUCCUAUUUCCAUCCUGAAAAUAAAGCAUAUGUUUCAACUCU